AUGUCACAAUCAGGAGACUCUAUCAGUGAAGCUUACAAAUCUUGUGAACAGAAAGCUCUCGCUAUUGUUGAUUUCUUUCGUUUCGGGAGUAAGUUUCGAUUUCCCUUCACCGAGAAACUGAACGGGAGGAGUCAGUCCUGUGCUGCCGAUCCCGUAGUCUUCGCCCGAACUGCUCUGGGAAAGCGUCGUCUUUCUCCGACGCUCCCAGCCCCGAGCCUGAAAGGACAUUUUUUUUGCUGCAGAGACACUGCAAAGUCUGCCAUGAAGAAAUCCAGAAAUACUGAAUAUUCUCCGAAUAAAAGGUUCAAAAAGGAGGCAGAAAAUAAUUUGUGUAGCCACUAUGAAGAGAAGGUCCGUCCCUGCAUUGACCUCAUUGAUUCACUGAGAGCCCUUGGAGUGGAAAAGGACUUGGCGCUGCCGGCAAUUGCUGUGAUUGGAGAUCAGAGCUCUGGAAAAAGUUCCGUGCUAGAGGCCUUGUCUGGAGUUGCCCUUCCUAGAGGCAGUGGGAUUGUUACCAGAUGCCCCUUGGAGCUCAAGAUGAAAAAAAAUAAUAAAAAUGAAGAAUGGAAGGGGAAAAUGGUGUAUCUAGAAACAGAGGUGGAACUGAAAGAUCCAUCAGAGGUGGAAGAUGCAGUUAGGAGAGCCCAGAAUGCAAUAGCUGGCGAAGGACUGAGUAUUAGCGACAAAUUAAUUUCCCUGGAAAUUAGUUCUCCAAAUGUUCCAGAUCUCACCUUAAUUGAUCUUCCAGGAAUUACAAGAGUGGCAGUAGGUAAUCAACCACAAGACAUUGGCAAUCAGAUCCUGAAAUUAAUUCAAAGUUAUAUUACCAAACAAGAAACCAUAAAUUUGGUUGUGGUUCCAAGUAAUGUUGAUAUCGCUACUACAGAGGCAUUGAAAAUGGCUCAAACAGUAGAUCCCGAAGGACAGAGAACACUUGGUAUUCUAACCAAGCCUGAUUUGAUUGACGAAGGAACUGAGAAUGAGACCGUUGAUGUUGUCCGGAAUCAAAGAGUGCCUCUGAAAAAGGGAUACAUGAUUGUUAAAUGUCGUGGGCAGAGCGACCUCACUAGUAAACUGAGCUUGGAGGAUGCAAUCAAGAAAGAGAGAGAAUUUUUUGAAGAGCACAAGUUUUUCAGUCUUCUUUUGGAAGAAGGCAAAGCUACAAUCCCAUUUCUGGCAGAAAAACUUACACAUGAGCUCACUGAGCACAUUCAGAGAUCACUGCCAACUUUAGAAGGUCAAAUAGAAACCAGCCUCCAGAAAAUGCAUCAAAAACUUCAGAAGUAUGGUGACGGUGUUCCUGAAUCCUUGGAGGACAAGAAAUAUUUUUUUGUGGAAGUAAAAAACUAUUUUGCAGUAAAUCAUACAGGAAUUGGGAAUUUUGAGUAUAUAUCCCGUGGCAGAGAACUUCCAGGGUUUGUCAAUUUCAAAACUUUUGAGAACUCUAUAAGAUGGCAAAUCAAACAACUAGAAGAUCCAGCAAUUGUAGUGUUGAAAGAAGUUGCAGAACUUGUGCGGAAGGCAUUUAUUGGACUUGCUAUCCAACACUUCAGUAGUUUCUGUGCUCUCUGCAAAGUUGCUCAGAACAAUAUUGAAGAUUUAAAGCUCACACAAGAAGAGAAAGCAAAAAAUACGAUAUACACUCAGUUUAAACUUGAAAAUGUGGUAUACUGCCAGGACUCUGUUUAUAGUGAAGAUUUGAGAACAGUAAGAGAGACAAAAAUCACACCAGUUCCUUAUUUAGCUGAUUUUACAGAAAAGUGCUCAAUAGAGGAAAUGCUUUACCACAUGACUGCCUACUAUAAAAGUGUAAAAGUCCGGCUUGGUACUCAGAUUCCUAUGAUCAUACAGUUAUACAUGUUCAGGGAUUUUGCUGAGAAGUUACAGAAUGCAAUGAUGCAGCUUUUGCAAAACGGAGAUCAGCUGGAAGUUCUCUUUCAUGAGGGAAAGGAUGUUGUCAACAUAAGAAAUUCUUUAAAAGAAAGAAUCCAACGACUUCAUAAAGCUCGACUACUUUUGAAAAAGUUCUUUAUUUAAAUGGGAUGGCUAAUAUUUAUGUAUAAAACUUCUGAUAGCAGCUCUGCUUCUGUUAGAUAAGUGUAUUAAGGGCAUUUGUAACUUACGUUUAAUGUUUGUAAAAUUAUUCAGUGAUGCUGCUCAACUUCAGUAGUGCAUUUAGAACCACAAUUGGCAAAGAAAACGGAAGAGAAUUGUAUUUGCCACUUUACAUGCACAUUAUAAAUCACUGUUAGAUACUGUGGACCUUUCCCUGCUAUUGAGUCAAAAUGCUAUCUGUCCAUGUGCUACAGCUAUACUAGCAUAAUGUCCAUUGUCCCCAAUGGCAAUGCCUAAUAACACUGUCUUCAGCACAUUCCCAUCAUUUUUACACUCCUCCUUAGGUGUAGUCUAUAUACUGUAUUGUAACCUAAGCUAAAGAAAAGGUAAAAGAGAGAGAGAAUUAAUUCAUAAACUAUUUAGGGUUUUUCAUCCUUUUCCUUUAUAUAGGCAACAAAUAUUGAUAAGCUCCUUCAUGUAAAUGGGAGGUGAAACAGAGAUGGGAUGUGGAAAAAUAUUGGUUCCAUCAGAGGUGGUAUUCAGCCAGUUGUGACCGGUUCUGGUGAACUGGUAGCAGAAAUUUUGAGUAGUUCGGAGA